UUCAGCUGGGGAUCGAAAUUGACAAUGGCGCUGUUAGUUUCUUUUGUUGUAUUCGUGUUGGCUGCAGCUCAUGGUGCAGUCGGUCAGCCAGGUUUCCUCAGCAUCGACUGCGGCCUGGACGGCAACUAUAGCAGCGGCUACAAGGACCCCGACGAAGGCAUCACCUACGUCCCCGACGGCACGUACGUCGACGCCGGCGAGAACCACAGGGUGGCCGCCGACCGAGAGAGCGGGCGGCUGCGCUCCGACCUGACCGUCAGGAGCUUCCCCUCCGGCGUACGGAACUGCUACGCGCUGCCCACCGUGGCCGGAGCCAAGUACCUUGUCCGGGUGAUCGCGUUCUACGGCAACUACGACGGCAAGAACAGCUCGUCGUUGCAGUUCGACCUGUACCUCGGGGUCAACUACUGGAACACGGUGAGCGCCGACGGCGACGAGGUGUACGAGGCGAUGUUCGUGGCGUGGGCGAGCUGGGCGCCGGUGUGCCUGGUGAACACCGGCGGCGGCACGCCGUUCGUCUCCUCGGUGAAUCUGAGGACGCUUGGCAGUGGGGUCUACCACCCGGUUCUCGCGGCCAACCAGUCCAUGUGCUUGUUUGACCGGCGAAACAUGGGCUCAAACGUUUCUAUUUUACGGUAUCCCGAUGAUCCAUACGACCGAUACUGGUGGAAGAUGCGGUCUGACCCAACGUGGAAGAACCUUUCCACGGCAUCCACCAUAGAACAGAAUGACAAUUUCGUUGUGCCCUUGCCUGUUAUGCAGACCGCCAUCGAGGCAAGCAACAACGAUACCAUAAUCAAGGUCACACGAAAAGAUAAAACAGCCCACAAGUGCAUGAUAUUCGCGUACUUAGCAGACUUCCAAAACAGCCAGCUUCGACAAUUCAAUAUCACCCUCAGCGAUACCAAGCCAUUGCUGUACAGCCCGCCUUACCUAUCCGCUGGCAUUGUGGACAUCAGCGAUUGGGACAUGCCCAAUAAUGGCAUGUACACCAUCACUCUUGAGCCCACCUCUGCGUCCAAGCUGCCGCCCAUGUUAAACGCAUUUGAGAUCUACACUCUCAUCCCCAGUGACAAUCCAAUGACGUUCCCAAGAGAUUUUGACAUCAUCAUGUCAAUUAAACUCGAGUAUGGAAUAAAAAAGAACUGGAUGGGCGAUCCAUGUUUUCCUGCAGCCUGGGACGGCGUGAAAUGCAGCAAUCCAAGUGAUAACACUAGCAGGAUAAUAUCUUUGGAUCUCUCCAACAGCAACUUGCACGGACCCAUAUCGAAUAACUUCACAUUGUUCACGGCACUAGAGCAUUUGAAUUUGGCAGGCAACCAACUGAAUGGACCAAUUCCUGACUCCCUCUGUAGAAAGAACAAUACAGGGACAUUCCUUUUGAGCUUUGAUUCUGAUAGAGAUACAUGUAACAAAUCAAUACCUGGUAUAAAUCCAUCUCCGCCAAAAAGCAAAGUAAACAGAGCAGCUAUUUUAGCUAUUUCGGUAGUGGUUCCUGUGAUGGCAAUUGUUGUUCUUGUACUCGCAUAUUUGAUCUGGAGACAGAAAAGAAAGCGUGACAUUUCUGCAGAUGUUCCUCACAGUGAACCAGAACUUGAGAUUGCUCCGGCAAGUAGAAAAUAUCAUGAGGACGGCCUGCAAAGAGUUGAGAAUCGCCGAUUCACAUACAAGGAGCUUGAGAAGAUAACUAAUAAAUUUAGUCAGUGCAUUGGACAAGGAGGUUUUGGACUCGUGUACUAUGGCUGUUUAGAGGAUGGUACUGAGGUUGCGGUAAAGAUGCGUUCUGAAUUGUCAUCUCAUGGACUUGAUGAGUUUUUAGCUGAGGUGCAAAGCUUGACAAAGGUGCAUCACAGAAAUCUAGUUUCUUUGAUUGGUUACUGCUGGGAGAUGGAUCAUUUAGCACUGGUUUAUGAGUACAUGUCUCAAGGCACUCUCUAUGAUCAUCUAAGAGGUAAUAAUGGUGCACGUGAAACUUUGAGUUGGAGAACGCGUGUUCGAGUUGUGGUUGAAGCUGCACAAGGCCUGGAUUAUUUACAUAAAGGUUGUAGUCUGCCAAUAAUUCAUCGGGAUGUGAAGACCCAAAACAUUCUCUUGGGUCAAAAUUUACAAGCUAAAAUAGCAGAUUUUGGACUUUGCAAGACUUAUCUAAGUGAUACACAGACUCAUAUAUCAGUGGCUCCAGCUGGGUCAGCAGGUUACAUGGAUCCUGAGUACUAUCACACUGGCAGGCUUACCGAGAGUAGUGACGUCUAUAGCUUUGGUGUUGUUCUGCUAGAGAUAGUCACCGGUGAGUCUCCCAUGCUACCGGGAUUAGGACACGUCGUUCAACGGGUGAAAAAGAAGAUUGAUGCUGGUAAUAUCAGCUUGGUUGCUGAUGCACGGCUCAUAGGUGCCUACGAUGUCAGCUCUAUGUGGAAGGUUGUGGACAUAGCAUUGUUGUGCACUGCUGAUAUUGGUGCCCAUAGGCCAACGAUGGCUGCUGUGGUCGUGCAGUUGAAGGAGAGCCUUGCAUUGGAGGAAGCUCGUGCAGACAGUGGCUUCAAGGGAAGCAUAGGGACACUGAGUGAUACAACAAUUUCAACGUCCACAUUUGGUCCAUCAGCAAGAUGAAGCUGCAGCUGUUCCUGUCUUUUCUGCAUCGCUGAUUGUUCUCCGCUACAGCUGGCCUUGAUGAACUAUUUGUCCUGUGAAGAAUACUCAUAUCUAUAUAUGGGCUCAUGUAUGGAUUAGUUUGCUUUUAUGUGUCCGCAAUAAUAAGGUACAUGUCAAUUAUCAUGCAGGCCGGCCCGGCCUUCCUGGUUCUGUGUUAAGAGACCUUCUUCCAACCAAAUGGCCUCAAGCAUGCUUAGUAAUGUGUACUGGAUUGGCUGUGCUACUGCAUUUUGUUUGAUUUUCUAUACAUUGUCCAGAUGAAGUUCUUAUAUUGACUUUGCAAUGUACUAUGCAUCCUUGUUAUAGCCUCGUUGGAGUUGUGACAUUUCCUGCUGCAGUAGGUGGUUUCUAGUCAGUAGAUUCAGCACAAUAACCUGUAAUUGUUCUACGAUUUAUUGAGAGAAGUUAUCAUUUGAUU